CAUUAGCAUUCUUAGCUAGAUGGGCGUGUCUGCUAUCUGCUUGCCAUGCAAUUUACUGGUCCGAUAUAGCUAGCUGUGGACAUAGACCGGAGACAGUUCUGUUAUCUAAGGAUCAGAUAUUAAAUUACAAGUGCACUGAGAUUCUACUGUAGCUGCAAUAUGGAGGAGGCCACAUCCACAAUACCAUACGACAACCUGCUCAAGAUCCUGCUUAUCGGGGACAUUGGCUCUGAGAAGCGACGACUGCUCCAGACCUAUAUGGGAGAGGAGGAGUUCUCUGACACCACUACACUCGGGCUGGACUAUAAACUUAAGGAUGUUAUGUACGGCACAAAAAGAGUAAAGCUACAGCUAUGGGACACAGCUGGUCAGGAGAGGUUCCGCUCAGUAACCGCCUCCUACUAUCGCGGCGCUCACGGAGCCCUACUAGUGUUCACACUGACCAAGGAGACGUCGUUUGUGGGCCUCAACUACUGGCUAGAUGAAAUUGAGAAUAAUGCUCCAGUCAAGUUCCAAGUUAUCCUGGUAGCCACAGGUUAUGACGAUGAGAGUCUGCAGGUCCGACUGGACAUUGCAGAACAGUUUGCUCAAGAGAAGAAUCUCAAACUGGUAAAGUGUAUAGUCACAGAUCCGGCCAGUGUGGAGAGUACCUUCAGUGUUAUUAUUGAGACGAUAAUGAGCUCCUGGGAGGGCUCACAGUCAGUGUCAGAAAGUAUCAGAGUGGACUCUACUCCAACUGAAAGAGACGACAAAUGUUGCUAGAAUGUUGUUGCUGGAAUGUUUAUAUAAUUUUGUUUUUGUUUCAGUUUCUGUGCACAAAUGUAUUCUAGUGUGUGUUUUAUCUCAAUUUGUAUAUCUGCACAAAAAUUGUUAUUGUCUGCUGUCA